AUGUCGGGAGUGGGCGCCCCCCCCCCCCGCCCGAGUAUGAGCGGUAGGAAAUGCCGACGGCCGACCGCCCAACCCGGAUCAAUAAUAAUACUCGCCCAUAUCUGCAGUGGACUGGAUCUGCUUGAGAAACCAGCCCGCUCCCCCCCUCGUCCACGAGGCCGAAGCAAUAGCGAAACGGCGAACUUUGCACAAUUUAUCAAAUUGAGUUACCGAGGGGCAAUAUCAGAGAGCGAACGCAAUAUUGCAGCGCGUGACCGCGUCUGCAAUACGCGCUCGAUACAUCGGGCCCGCACGUCCGCCGCCCACCCGUCUUCUAGCCGCCCGACCCCGCCCGCCCAACUGACCACCUACAGAUAUUUAGCUAACAAUGCCGUGAGCGGCUUCGCCGGGACGCGCUGUCCCGCUUCCCGCCGCCGCCGGGCCCUGCCACACGACAGGGACUACCGCGCGCCUUCGGUCAUUCCUAUAUUUAUUGGCGACGCUCAUAAGUACGCGGGUCAGGUUAUAAGUUUGUACCAAAUGAAUGGCCGAGCGAGCCACGUAGAAGGCCGCCCGCCGCGCUUAACAAGAAAGCGCCUCCACGAAACUUGGCGGGGUCGCCACCCUGUUUCGCCUAGCUUUAUAAUUAAAAAACAAAAGAAUGCAGGAGCACUCAGCCUCUUGGCUGCCGUUCGACUUUCAUACGAACGUAAUGCAGUGUUGAUAGGAAUAUUCUAA